ACAUGAAGAAAGAUAUAGAGACCUUAAUAGCAGAGGAAAGAGCAGAGAUCAUCGCCAAGUAUGAAAAGGGAAGGCAGGAAGGAGCUCAUAUUGACCCAUGGGAAGAUGCUGACUUCACCCUGUAUAAAGUCACAGACAGAUUUGGAUUUCUGCAUGAGCAUGAACUGCCAUCCCGCAGUGCAGUGGAAGAGAAGCAAAAGCUGCAGGAGAUUGAACGAGUGGACAAAUGGCUGAAGAUGCUGAAGAAAUGGGGCAAAUACAGAAAUAGUGACAAGAUGUUCCGCAGGGUUUACAAAGGGAUCCCCCUGCAGGUGCGAGGCCAGGUCUGGUCACUCCUGCUGGAUAUCGAGAAGAUAAAGACUGAGAAUGAAGGAAAGUAUGAGAAAAUGAAAGAACAAGCCAAGAGCUUCUCAUCAGAAAUCAAGCAGAUAGACUUAGAUGUCAACCGCACCUUUCGAAACCACAUCAUGUUCCGGGAUCGCUAUGGAGUUAAGCAGCAAGCGUUGUUCCAUGUCCUUUCAGCAUACUCUGUUUACAACACAGAAGUGAGCUACUGCCAAGGGAUGAGUCAGAUUGCUGCCAUCCUGCUGAUGUAUUUAAAUGAAGAGGAUGCCUUUUGGGCACUGGCACAACUACUGACCAAUCAGAGACAUGCAAUGCAUGGGUUUUUCAUUCCCGGGUUCCCAAAGCUGCAGAGAUUUCAGGCCCAUCAUGAGCAGAUUUUAAGCAAACUAUUUCCGAAGCUGAAGAAGCACAUGGACAAGGAGCAGAUGACAACAGGGAUUUACACAACCAAGUGGUUCCUGCAGUGCUUCAUUGACCGGACUCCCUUCACGCUCACCUUGCGGUUGUGGGAUAUCUACAUCCUGGAAGGAGAACGGGUUCUGACAGCUAUGGCGUACACCAUCCUGAAGCUGCACAAAAAACGCUUACUGAAGAUGUCCCUGGAGGACUUACGGGAAUUCCUGCAGGAGAGAAUUUCUGCUUCUCUGCAUUAUGAAGAUGAUAUUAUUAUUGAACAAUUGCAAACGUCCAUGACUGAAUUGCGCAAAAUGAAAUUUGACCUUCCGCCCCCAGCAAAACCUGAAGAAUUCCCUAAGAAACCAUUGGGGCUGGAGCUUUCUCUAAAUCUCGUGGCACUGAAACCCAGCAUUGCAGCGAAUGGCCAGAAUAAGGCUGCCACUGACCUCGACCCUGACCGAGCUACAAAGCUGUCCUCUCCAAACAAGAGCCCUGCUCAUCUGAAUGAAACUAUUGGUAACGCGAACAUGGCAAUAAACGAGAGGCUCCCUCCUCUGCUGCAGGAUGGGCCUCCCUUGCCGGCAGCAGCAACAGAUGUGCAUCAGCAUCCAUUUAAAGGCCACCAGCAAUGCCAAGAGGAAAACCAGCAUGGAGAAGAAAAUCAGGUGGAGUCACCAAAGAAAGUUGCUGGUGAAACCCCAUCACAGGAGCUGUCUCCUCCAGAGGAGAAUGAGGUUCAGGCCCUCCCGGAGAGCCAGGAUGCACCACCAGUGAGCAGGGAGGCUGUCUCACAAGAGAGUCCUCAGACUCUCAGUGCAGGAAGUGGUAAAGAGGAACUGCAGGAACAUAGCCCCUCCCCUGCUGUAGGCAACACAAACCAGGCCAUUCUCCACACAGCUCAGCUGCAGGCACCUCAGCAAGCACAACCCGAAGGGUCAGCCAUGGACAACUCUGCAGGGGACAUUGCCACCCAGAGCCACAACCCCCAAGUAGACCUGCCUGUCAAUCACAAUAAUAUAUUAGCAGGUCAGGAGUUGCCAAACCAAACACCGUCUCUUCCUUCCCUUGCCGAACAAAGACCCUCAGACACUUCUGUGCAAAACGUCUCGAGUCCUGAAGACACGAGUGCUACCAUCUUCCCGGUGGAUUUACUGACAGAGCAGCAGCACCAGCCUCCCAGUACAGACUCGCGCUCAGCACCAGAACAAAACCUUGCUUCUCCUUGCGACUUGUCAGAGAAAGUACAAGUGCCUGUCUUGUGUAUGGAGAAAGCCCUUGAUACUCUCUCUCUCCCUCUGCAGGAUGGUAGACGGCCUUCUAACGUAUCUCAGUAUGACAACAUAUCCGAGUUGGAGUACAGUGAGGAUAACUCUUCUGGGCAGGUGCCCAGUAUCGAGAAACUUAGCGGUGCAGUGCCACAGAACAAACCAGAUUUAAAAUCCUCGGUACCCAAGUCUGCAUCUGUGGGUGAGAUUGCAGAUCUGGGGAUGCACUCAGAAGGGAGCAUAGACUCAGCACAGCAGACAGUAGGACUGGGCCACCCAGCCUUCAACUCACUUCCUCGUCAGAGGCUGUCUGGUGGCAGCGGCAGUGUGCCAAUCUUAUCUAUGCUUGACUCUGGGGCAGUUCAGCUGGCAGAGGGUCUGCACGACCGACACCUGUCAUCCCCGGCUUUACAGGGGCAGUCCACCCCCUAUAAAAUAGUUAAAACCACCACCCCACUUCACGUGGCUCAUGCUACCGAGCAGGACUUCUUGAACCAAAAAAAAAUGGCAUUGCCUUUGCAAGAGGGCAGUCGUCAUGUAGGUGCAGCCUUGACGGCAGCUGACGGAGGGGCAGAACUUGAGGUUGUGGCUGCCAACCAGUGUGCGCAGAAGUCAUUAAAUGCAUUGAGAGAGCCACGUCCCUGUCUACCCCCAAAGCCAAAAAUACCACCCAAGGUUGCCAAAGCCCAUUCAGAGAACAGUUUCUAUCCAGGCUGCCCUUCCACAAUGCAAAUGUCCAAGUCAGUGACAUUUUAG